AUGACUGAGUUGGACCGCGGACAACUCCGAGGUUUAAGAAAACGGAAAAUGGAAUUAUUGGAUGAAAUCGAACAUAUUAAAAAUGAACUCAAAGAAGUUGAUAAUGAACUCGAAUCCAUGUAUUAUGUUGAUGAAAGCGGCAAAUCACGAAUGAAAGUCGUCGCCAAUGGCAGAAAACGUUUUAAUAAAGAUCCCGCUAAUGGUAUCCAAUAUCUCCUUGAUAGAGGGCUGUUGAGUGACGAACGAACUAUCGCUCAAUGGCUAUUCGAAACUGAAGGACUUUCUAAAGGCGCAAUUGGCGAUUACCUUGGUUUGCAUGAUGAGCUUCCAAUUCGAGCUUUGGAAGAAUUUGUGAAAUGUUUUGAUUUUCAAAAUUUGUUUUUGGUCGAUGCUAUAAGAUUAUUUUUGAAAAGUUUUCGACUACCUGGCGAAGCCCAGAAAAUUGAUCGCAUAAUGGACAGUUUUUCACGAAAGUACGUUACUUCUAAUCCGCAAACCUUUGAAUCAGCGGACGCAUGCCAUUCUAUUGCAUUUUCUUCUAUAAUGUUAAACACCUUGCUGUAUAAUCCUAAUGUUAAAGACCGCAUCACUCUAGAGGGUUACAUUGAUAUGUGUAAAGAAUAUUUGACAAAAAAAAUGGUCACUAUACCCAUGCUCACUGCCAUAUAUGACUCUCUACGAAGCGCCGAGUUCGCUAUGCCUCAAGAUGAAACUGGCUCUGCAGAAAUUCAUUUAAAUGCAGACAGAGAAGGCUGGCUGUAUAAGCAGAGCAGUGGACAGUUUAUGGCAGGCCCCUUGGCUUGGAAAAAACGAUGGUUCGUCUUAAGCGAACAGUGUCUUUAUUAUUUCGAAAACUCAACUGAUCGUGAACCACGUGGCAUAAUUCCUUUACAGAAUGUAGGGAUUCGUCGUGUCGAUACCGGCAGCAGACCCCAUAUGUUCGAAAUCUUUUCAUUAUCGGAUGACCGUAUAAAAGCCUGUAAAACAGAGCAGGAUGGCCGCAUGGUUGAAGGAACUCAUUCAGUAUACCGUAUAUGCGCCGCCAAUCAGGAAGAUUUACGGGCAUGGAUAGAGGCGAUAGCAGGAGCCGUAACCCAUUAUCCUAUUCGUCCUCGAAUUCAUUCACUUCACGACACACGAUGGUUGAAUCCAAUUAGACCGCUCUUCUCACCUGACGACGAUGCUGCCACGGAUGCUGAUGAAGACGAAGAAUUCGAUCCUUUUAAGGGAUGUGCUGAAGCAGCAGUUCAGACUUGCGGUAGUUGUCAAUUCGUCCUUGACCCAGAUCGUUCUCAGAUUGUAGCUCAUUACCAGAGUCCUUGGCACAAAUAUAACAUUAAAAGAUCUGUUAGGGGUUUGAGUCCUGUCACUGAAGAGGAUUUCGAUGAGAAUGAUCUGGAUUCAGUAGCGAUAGAUAAUAUCGAACAAAACGAGGAAGAGGACGACGCUGAGGUGCUCAUCAGCUCAUCCUCUAGAGCGUACUUCUUACAAGAUGAUAAUGUUUUCAGUUGCUAUAGAGUUCUAAUUAAUCAGGGGGAUGUUUUACCUCAUCGUUCUUUAUUCAUGAAUCCCUUAGAUUGUGCGAUAUUCCUCAUGGCUGGAGGACAUUUCGCUGCUGGAAUCUUUAAAGAUGACAAAAUGAUCAAACACAAAACGUUCCAACGAUAUGUUAUUCGUGCCAAACAAGGAGGUGCUCAAUCGGCUAAUGAUAAUGCAAAUGGGCAUGCGAAUAGUGCUGGAGCGAACCUCAGACGGUAUAAUGAGAGAACUCUUCAACAAGAUAUAAUGCAGCUUCUAAAGUCUUGGGCACCAGACUUGUUGGAAAUUCCAUAUAUAUUCAUACGGGUAGCUUCGUUCAACAAGAAAGUAUUCCAUGGUGAAGGUUUGAUUGAUAAAGCAGAUCAGCGCAUAAGAUCGAUUCCGUUUGCAACUAAACGUCCGAGUCUUGAUGAAGUAAAGGAGACAUGGAGAAAACUCGUUUCCGUUUUCGAACAUGGACCAAAGAACGAAUUCUUGGCAGAGAUGCAAAGAUUGAAGGAGAAUAACAAAAAGAGAACAGGUCUUCAGAAGAAAAAAAAGGAGCCAACGUUCCAUGAUGUUUUGGAAGAUGAGGGAAAGAAGAAACGAGACAAGUCUCCUACCCAACCAAAAAAGACAAACCAUUUGAAAGUUGUUGAACCUGUCGAGAAAGAGGAAGAUAGAUGGCCAGAGCUUUCGGGUGACUUCCGUCACGAACUUUAUUCGUCUGUGAAAGAGAAUGCUGCUGGAGAGUUUGAAAAACUCGUAGAAAAUUCUGGUAUCAGUAAAGAAGCUAUCCUUUCUUACUUGAACGAGAGAACUUUCAACUCAGACGAGCUCACAUUCCUUCAUGUUGCUGUAUUCUUCAAUGCUGAAAAUUCUCUGAGAAGUUUACUAGAUUAUGGUUGUGAUCCCAUGAAGAAGAAUGCUGAAGGUAAAGUACCUUAUGCUUCCGGAAACAAAACGAUGAAGAAGAUUUUCGUUGAUUUCCGCAAGACAACCAAUUUGAAAUGGGAUUGGAAGAGGACACUCAUUCCUGAACCUGUCGAACUGACAGAAGAGCAAGUUGCUGAGCAAGAAGCGAAGAAGAAAGCUAAAAAACAGAAACAAAAAGAAAAGUUAAAAGAGAAAAAAGAAGUGGAAAAGAAAGAGGCUGAAGAAAAGGCUGCUCGAGAUGCCUUCCUAGCUUUGUCAGAAAGAGAGAAAAGAGCUCUCGCUGCUGAAGCUCGGCUUGCCAAGCUCACAGUUACUGCUCGAUGUGUUAAUUGCGGAGAAAAUCUGCCUAAAGUCCCGUUUCGAUACCUUGAUGUCAACCUCUGUUCCCCAGCCUGUGUAUCAGCUCAUCGUGCGAAAAACACUAAUGCUUAA